AUGAAGUUGACUGGUAGAGCUAACCAGUAUUGGGCCAACUUAAAACACAUGCGCGAAACCCGAGGAGAGUACCCCGUGACUGACUGGGGAACAAUGAAACAAGAAUUGAAACGGAAGUACCUUCCCCCGUCCUACUACCCUAGGCUAUUGGAUCAUUGGAAUAGGUUGACCCAAGGACACAAGCCCGUGAAAGAAUACAUUGCGGCCUUUGAUGAUUUCAUCAUACGCUGCAACGGGGAAGAAACCACCACUCCUGUCCAACUUCUAUCGAUGUUUAGAGCAGGAUUAAGAGAAGAUCUUAGGAAUGAAUUGUUUGCAAGAGGAGUGAACACGUUUGAAGCCGCCUGUAGUCUCGUGUUAGAUCUGGAAGAAUCUAGGAGUCACACUUCUAUAAACCUCGACCCUCGCCCCAACCCGUUCAGGUCUUCCUCUAGCCAACCGUCCAACAAACCCGCUGGGCUCCCGAGUAGUCGACCCUCCCCAAAUCAAACCCAACCUCGUCCAGACUAUAAAGGCAAAACACCUGAGCGGGAAACCCCCAAGACCUCUGCCGGCACUAAGUGUUUUAGAUGUCACGAAUAUGGACACAUUGCCUCCCAAUGUUCCAGCCCGUACAAGGUAACUAUAAUUGAGGAAGUUGUUGAGGAAGAAGAAGGACCCGACACUGAUUUGGUCCACCAUGUGGAAGAUGAGGAAGAUUUCUUUGAGGAGGAUACCCCUGCUGAUCUGAUGGUCGUUAGAUGUGCAUUGUCCCACCCUAAACCUAAUGAUGACUGGCGUAGGACGUCCAUUUUCCACACUUUUACCAAGAUAGGAGACAAGAGUUGUAAAGUCAUCAUAGACAGUGGAAGUUGCAUUAAUGUUGUCUCCUCCGCCAUGAUUUCCAAGCUUAAUAUCAAGGCAACACCACACCCAAAUCCCUAUAAAGUUGCUUGGAUUAACUCAACGACAAUUGAAAUUAAGGAUAGGAGCCUCAUCCCUAUUACUUUUGCUGGAUAUCAGGAAAAGAUUUGGUGUGACGUUUUGACUAUGGAUGUUGGCCAGAUCAUCCUUGGGCGCCCGUGGCUUUUUGACAAUGACGUCCACAUUUAUGGGAGAACAAAUACCUGCGUAUUUGAACAUAACGGUAAAAAGAUUAAACUUAUUCCCUCCCAACCAAAGAACAGUAAGGAUGAAGAUAAGCCCACUACCCCUAAAAUCGGUAAAGACCCGCACCUUGUGACUGCCAAAGAAAUGGAUAUGGAAUUUACCCAAGGAUCCCCCAUGUACGCACUGGUAGCUAGUGAAGUUAAUGAUGAUCAGGAAGAGCCUGUCCCCGAGGAGAUUAAACCUCUUUUGGAAGCUUUCGCUGAUGUCUUCCCGGAAGACUUACCCAACCAACUCCCGUCCCUUAGGGACAUUCAACACGUAAUAUACCUAUUACCUAGAGCUUCCUUACCAAACCUUCCUCACUACCGCAUGAACCCAACUAAACAUGCUGAAUUGAAGAAACAGGUAGAUGAACUCCUGCAAUGA